CUGAAUCCAGUCCAGUGCUUCAGGGCAGCCAUCAGAGUGUGCACUAUUGUGUGCGGCUGAGGGAAGAAGAAAAAAAAAAAAAGAGGAGGGAGCAGAGGAGGGAAAGAAAACCUGUCUCUUUGUGUGGGGAGGACUCAGCAGGAAAGUGAUUUUGUGAUUAUUUGAGUUUGCCAGCAAAGCGAGGCUCUUCCCACCGACCGGCAGCCACAUCUUGUCUACUCUGCGCCUCCUUCGCCUUUGCGCCAGAGUCACAUAUGAGCGUGCUUCUCGGGCCGGCGAACAGCGACACCCGGGCUUCUCCUGAUGAUGAGAGCUGACGUCAGACUGGUUUCCAUGAAUAUUGAUGUGGAGGAUAGUCUGUUUCAUAGAAGAACAGAAAGAGGCAAGAUGGCUGCCCUUUAGGAUUUGUUAAAGAGGAGAUCCAGACGGUUUGUUGGAAUUUCUACAAAGUGGAGGGACGUAAAAAGGAGGACGGACAGAGGGCAGCCCGUGGAUGGACUCUGAGCAGGCCAGAUGGAAACAGAACAGGCCAGACAUGAGACGGAAGAAAGUCUGAUAUUAGCACAAUUUGGCACAUCUCACAACAUCUCUCACAAACUCCAGAAUGGAGGUCAGUCUUCAGAAGGAGAUUCUCUGCAGAUCACUGGGGAUACGAACUGGAACCAUUUCAAGUCUAGCACAGGUGCAAACUCCAUGAAGAGGCACAGGGAGAACUGCAAUAGCCCUGCUUCAGUACAAGGGCUGUUCGAUCAAGAAUCCUAUAUGAUGAAUGGAGAGCUGAUGAAUGGAGAGUUGAAGCAUGCACUCACUGAGCAGUCCUUAAUGGUGCACCAGUCAAAGAAACUUAAGGUAGAAUCUGAGAUUAAAGGAAAUGACGACAUGAGCUCCAGUUUAGUGGACAACUUUCCUGAGUUGACUAAGGCAACAGAAUUUGAGUGCAAUACCUCACAGACAGAGAUUAAGUUGGACAAAAGAAACUGUCAUUUUCCUAAUGGUGAUAUUUUCGGCCUACCAAGGAAUAAACAGGUUUCAAUUCCAAAUGGUGCUGUAUCACCCCCCUCAAACAUUGAAAGUACUCCAGGUGAUCUUUUAACAAAAACUUUGUCUCAGUAUUAUCCUGAGCAAGUGUCAAUUGCACAACAAACAUCUGGGCCACAGCUUAAUGCUGUCAAUGGUUCACUUGCAAAUAAGCUGCCCAGUGAAGGUGCACAACCCCCCUCUUCAACCUCAGGAUUGCCCAAUUCAACCCAGAUGCCUGACUCACAGCAACAGCCACCUGGGGCAUCAGGCAGUGUUGAAGGAGGCAACAGUUAUAACUCUGUCAGCUACAUAGUGAAUGGAUACUCCAACAAUUUUGAAGCAGACCACCAGCAGCAACAACAUCAGCAGCAUCAGCAGCAGCGGCCACAAUCUUACUCCGGUCAAGAGCUAUCUCAAGGUCAGCUGCCUGGCAUGAUACCACAUACAAAUACUGCCAAUGGCUCACAACAACAUCAAAAUGGCCCGCAGUGUUACCCAGAUGACACAAACCCCCAAGGUUUAUUUGCGAAAGCCAACCAGGAGUUUAACCAGAACUCUUUUCUGGAGCGAAAUGCUCCUCUGCAGGCAACAGAGGCAGGUGGAUUUGGAUCCUUUCCAAACUCUGAAUUGCAGAUGGGGCAAAAUGAAGAACCUGGGUCUGGUCAGCAUCAGCACCAUGUCAAUGACAGGGGGCACCAAUAUGGGAUUCAACCCCAGACCUUAAAACAAAAUACUGGCAACAAUACUGGAUCCAUGGGGCCCAGUCUCCAGCAGCCACGUCAUGCUGGGUUAGAAAAUGGGAUGGAGAGCACGUCUCAGCAGAGAGCCAACUUAUCAUGUUCGACUCCCCACCAGAGAGGUUGGAUGAAGCUGAACCCUUCACACUCCCAGCAGCAACCAGUGAGUGGCCCGUUGUCCCAGGCACAAGAGCCGGACAUGUGGAGGGGCUUCCCUGCGAAGCCUCAGUCAGAGCAGCAGACAGCUAACCCCCAGGUUCACUGCCAGAUGUUGGAGCCAAAUUCAGCGCAAAGAUUCAAGACGCAGGGAGUUUUCACAGACAGCAGCCAGGGGUCUAAUAGCUUCCAACAGCAACAGCAGGACCGUCCCCCAGCCCAAACGCACUGUGCUCCAGCCCAGCACAACACUGCCCCUGAGUGGCAGCAAUCACAUUCUAAAGCACCACAGAUGCAUCAGUCUAUACCCCAGAAAAUGCCAGAGCAGUGUAACUUUCCCCCAAAUCAGCAGACAGACAGCCGCUACCACACCCAGAUGCAGUCAGAGCACUUAUGUGAAGACCCCGACCUGCAGGAUAUACUUUCACCAGGGUUUUUACCAUCACAGCAACAACAGCAGCAACAACAGCACUGUCAUAUUCAACGCCCCCUGUCCCACCCACCACAAUUUGAAGGGCAGCAGCUAAAGUCUCCUAAUUACAGACCUCGCAGUCAGCCUCAGCCAGGUCAGCAGCAGCCUCAACCCAACCAGUCUCUAAGAAACAAUAGUGCUCAAUCCAACAACCAACACAUCCAGCACAGCGACCAUGCAACAUUCAGUUACAAUAACACAACAGAGAUGCAACAACUACAACAUCAAAGGCAGUAUACACCAAACUCAGGCAACAGUAACCUCAAGCAAUUUCAGCCACAGCGGCCUAACAACCACUGCCACCAGCCCAACCACCCAGACAUCUCCCAGACCUCAACACAGUCACAACCUCACUUACCACAAGGUGCGCUAAACCAACAGGUGUAUCCUAAAGCUGAACAGCAGCUGAAUAUAUCAUGCACUCAGUUCCAAAGGGGACCUCGACUACCUCUGGGGCCUAUGGGUACCCAUGGAGACUUUCAGAGGCAUGCAGCACUGCGUACACACCUGUUACAAAAGCAGGAGCGUCAGGGCCCUCCUAAUCCCCCUCAGAGCAUUGGCGAUCCCAAACAUGGCCUGAGAGCAGUGAAAAUGGAAAAUGGACCCAGAUUUGAGCUGCCCUGUUCACAGCAGCAGGAGCAGCAGUUACAGAUGCGAGAGACAGGCAUGGGUGAAAUACAAGUAAAGCAGGAGAAUCAACAAACCCUGUGUGAUCAAAGCAAGAGGCCGGGAAGCAUCUUGGCUUCAAUGGAACAAAGCCUGAGGCAGUACCAGCUUUCACCUGUGUUUGAGAAGAAAUCCCUUGUCAUCAAUUCAUCAAAUAAAGUGAAGGUGGAAUCUUCUGGGCCUGUCACAAUUCUGUCGACUAACACAGACCUGAGUGGAGCAGAACUACCAGCGGCUGCCCCAGCCAAUGUAACUCUAAAAAGACCUCCUGAUUCCACCCCUAAGAAGGAACAACUCUUACAAAGCUUUAUGGAGUCUCCUAUGAAGCUACUGGAAACCCCUAUAAGGAAUCUACUAGAUACCCCCAUGAAAACACAAUAUGACAUUGCAUCCUGCCACUGUGUUGAACAAAUCAGUGAGAAGGAUGAAGGCCCAUACUACACCCACUUGGGGUCAGCGCCUAGUGUUGCCAGUAUACGGGAGACGAUGGAGAAAAGGUCUGGUCUAACUGGUCCUGCCAUCAGGAUUGAGAAAGUAAUAUACACCGGCAAGGAAGGGAAGAGUACACAGGGGUGCCCCAUUGCGAAAUGGGUAAUUCGUCGAUCUAGUACAGAAGAAAAGCUAUUGGUGCUAGUACGGGAACGUACUGGUCACACAUGUGACACAGCCUGCAUCAUUGUGGUAAUCCUGGUCUGGGAGGGCAUACUACCCAGCCUAGCUGACCGCCUCUACCUCGAGCUAAGUGAUACUCUAAGAAAGCAUGGAGCCCUCACCCAGAGACGCUGUGCUCUUAAUGAGGAGAGGACCUGCGCAUGCCAGGGGUUAGAUCCUGACACCUGCGGAGCAUCUUUCUCCUUUGGCUGCUCCUGGAGUAUGUACUACAAUGGCUGCAAGUUUGCCCGGAGCAAGAUACCAAGAAAAUUCAAGCUACUAGGAGAUGAUGUAAGGGAGGAAGAGAAAAUAGAGCAAAACUUUCAAAAUCUGGCAACCUUACUGGCUCCCUUGUAUAAAAGUUUGGCACCUGAAGCUUAUGGAAACCAAGUAGAACAUGAACACAGGGCACCAGAUUGUCGUCUGGGUCUCAAGGACGGUCGUCCAUUCUCUGGGGUCACUGCUUGUCUGGACUUCUGUGCCCAUGCUCACAGAGACCUCCACAACAUGCAGGGGGGCAGCACCGUGGUGUGUACAUUAACAAGGGAGGAUAACCGCGAGAUUGGAAAGAUACCAGAGGAUGAGCAGCUCCAUGUACUGCCUCUUUAUAAGGCUUCCACCACUGAUGAAUUUGGCAGUGAGGAGGGUCAGCAGGAGAAGAUCAAGUCAGGCGCCAUCCAAGUCCUUAGUGCCUUCCGCCGCCAGGUGCGCAUGCUUGCAGAACCUGCCAAGUCUUGCCGGCAAAAAAAGCUAGAUGCAAAGAAGGCAGCUGCCAACAAGAAUGCCAUGCUGGAAAGCUCUAAUGAUAAGGCAGAGAAGGCCCUACUGGCCAAGGCAAAAGCUGGCACUUAUGAGAAUAUCACCCAGAGCACUUCUAUGGCAGGACUUAUUCCAGGCGCUCUGGGAGCAACCAUACAGUCAGGUCAACGAACACACCCCCUUGGGGGCCAUCAUCAGCAACUACCACAACAACAGCACCAGAGCAUUCUUCCCCCUUAUCCUGGCUCACCAAAUGCUACCAGCUACCCCAGGUUCCCCAACCAUCCUGGGUCUUUCCCAAGCACUUCUAAACCAGGCAGCAUGUAUCCCCUUCAGCCACCGACACCAGCUAGCCCUUACCCCUCCCCACUACAUGUACCAAACUCUUACAUAAAUGGAUCAAAUCGUCCAUACCCAGGUUAUCAAUGUAACGGAGGAAUGCCCCAUGACAAUUACCAUCCAUACUACGCUUCAAACCCAAAGCACCUGGAAAUGUAUCGACAACAACGGCCAGCGCUUUACACAGAGCAACAGUACGGUGUACAUCAACGUUAUGGAGUCAAUUAUCCUCCAAGGUAUGUUGAGCCAGGUUUACAGGUCAACGGUUACGAUGCCUGCAGUAUGAGGCCAGUUCACCCUAUGAGACCUUAUGCCCCAUGUGGUCCUAAUGGAGCCUCAGAUACCCAAUUCAUGGACCCCCUCUCAAGAGCACCUUCAGCUCAUGGAGGUCUAGACUACACAGCUGCUGUGAGCAAAGGCAAUCAGUUUGGAGGAUACCCAAAUCCAUACCUAUCUCGGAGUCCUCAAAUCUUAUCCCCAGGCCAAGAUCCUUUCCAUAUGCAAAUCAAGACGGAGAUGGGAAUGGCUCGUCCACAGAUGCUUUCAGCUCAGUUAAGUGGUGGGUGUUUAAACCCUGAAACCCAGUCAGGGUUAGGUCUGCCUAAUGGGAGUCUCAUGGGCUCUGGUAUUAAGCAAGAGCCUGGAACACCACAGACACCAACAACCCCACAAAAGCCAGAGAUGUGGUCAGACAAUGAGCACAACUUCUUGGACCCUGACAUUGGUGGUGUGGCAGUGGCACCAAGCCAUGGCUCAGUCCUCAUUGAGUGUGCAAAACGGGAGCUUCAUGCCACAACACCUCUUAAAAACCCUGACCGCAACCACCCAACACGCAUCUCCUUGGUCUUCUACCAGCACAAAAAUAUGAAUGAGGCCAAGCAUGGUUUGGCACUGUGGGAAGCCAAGAUGGCAGAGAAGGCUCGAGAGAAGGAGGAAGAUGCAGAGAGGAAUGGUGGUGAGGGGACACCUAGCAAGGGCAAGAAGGGGGUAAAGCGUGAGCAUACUGAGUCAUCAGAAUCCACCGGGGAGCCUCCUUACAAGCGUUUUAUCCAGGCACUGAUGGAGGGGGGGUCCUUGUCGUGCACAACAAACACCUAUGUCAGUACAUCUCCGUACGCCUUCACCAAGGUCACAGGGCCUUACAGUCAGUUUGUAUAGUAAACAUUCAUGAAGACAACAACUGACGGUGCUUCACUGGUGCUUCACUGGUGCUUCACUGGUGCUUCACUGGUGCUUACGGUGUUUUGCUGACAAACCAAGACUAGCACCACUGGCCUCAACUUUACACUCCUUCCUAUUCGUAAGGUUAUCAACAGUGUUGCAUUGAAAAAGGAACAUGUGAUUAGAUGUGAGAUAAUUCACCUUUCACAUCAGGUCUUUCACCUCUUAAACAAUCAAGCUUUACUAGUUGACCUUCCCUAGGAUGUAUUUAUUUUGUUUGGCAACUGUUGCAAGACACACACUGUCAAAAUCUCUGGUGCUUUCAGUCUGAUACACAAGGACCUAUUUUUAAUGGAAACAAAGUUUCAUUUUUGGUGGCUUUAUUUUUAUUAAACAAAAUUUUGGAGAUUACAUCUUGGCAUAAAACACUGACACGGUGCUAAAGUGUGUGCUUAUUAUCAUUUAUUUUAAUUAAAAUGCCUUCACACUAUCACCAGAACACACUCUACGAGUGACACUCAAUGACUUCUAUUAACAGGACACUGAAAAUUUCAUCCCACUGUCAAAUCAUCAGCAUCAUCAUGGUUUUUGGCAAGUCAGUGUUUGUUAAAGCACUUUUUGAUAAUUAGAGUUAAUAUGAAAUUAAAUUAAAGCUAAAUGUCUUGGUAACACCUUUAAAAUCCUAAAAUCUGGUUAAACUGUGUUGCCAAAUUUACAGAUCUUUUUUUUCAAAGCAUCACUAAAUCUGAAUUAAUGAAUUUAUAUCAGAGGGUUGUAUGAGCUAUCCACAAAUCUGUUUUUUUAAACUAUCAUUGUGUUGGUGCUCUUUCACUAUCCUAUGUCAUUUAUACUGUAAAUUGAGCCAUUCUAAUGGUGCAUUUUUAACAUUUUGAGGCAAAAAAAAAUUUACAUGUUCGUGUCAUUUUUGUUUUUUCCAGGUUUACUUUGUUGUCAGCGACUGUUUUUAAUGUUCCUUACCUUUGGUUCAUUGAAACCUGGACAAACCUGGACUGUGAAUAUUACAUGUAGUUUUAUGUCUGUGGUGCUUAGUAAAUGUGCUUUUUAUACACUGAGGAACAUGAAACAGGGUAAGCUCAGCGUCAGUUUCAGAGGGCAGCUGGCUUGCUGUGGGAUCUUUAAUUAUUGCAAUCUAACUGUAAGAUAAACAGGUGAGAUUUGUACAGUAAGUUAAUUUCCCUUUUUGGAAUUACUGUUAUAGAUUUUGUGUUGUAAAGAAUGCUAACAGCCUAUUUCAUUGUAUUUCUUUGGGUUUCAACUGAUUUUAUAUCAUGAGGUGCUAUUCAACCUACUAGAAUCAUACAAUGUGAGACUCUUUGGGCAGUGAGAAGGCUUUUAAAUAAUGUAUAGUACAAACCUCUCAUAUACCUCAAAACUAGUUUGGCAAUAGGAUAUAACAUAUUUUUCUCUCUUCCUUUGUAUAUUACUUUCAAAAUGUUAUAAUUUACAAUUUCAGGCCACCAAAAGGCAACAAGUUCAUUUCUUACUUUCUUAUCAACUUGGUAGAAAGUGCUACUUGAACUUAAAUCUUUGAUGUUACUGUAAAAUCAGGGACAUUUUCAAUGUCAAUUUUGUGUGCAUCUUCAUCGCCUGUAUUCAUCUUGUCUUUUUAAUCAUUCAGGUACUUGCCAUUGCAUCCUGAAUCCAAUUCUAUACUUCACACAGACAAAAUUAUUUUGCGAGGAAAAAAGAUGCUUUCCUGCAAUUUUUUACUUAUAUCUUAGCUAGUAGGAUGGUGGUAACCUUUUAAAAGUAAUUUGAACAUAUAUGCACUGAUUUGACUAAAGGGAAAGUAUGAUAUUGACUAAAUAAAAAGCAAUGUAUUUGCUUUUGCUAUGAGGCAAGACCAGGGCAGUGAUAAAUGUAGUUGCACAUCUUUGUGCCAGUGUAUAGUUAAAUUUAUUUAUAACCACUAAGCAAUUGUAUAAUGAUUUCUCUUCCCUGUCUAUUUGAUUUAAUUAAUGCGAUAUAUAAUGGAAUGACUGUCAUGUGAUAGUAACAACUUACCCCACUCUUCAACAUAUUCAUUUUCUGAAAGCACUUCAUUUCUUUUUCAGGAAAAAAUAUGUAAUAAAGAAUUACAAAAUGUUUUAUUUAAACAGAUUGUAAAUGUGUUAAAAAAAUAAAUAAAUUAUGUCACAUUGUACAUACCAAGAACCUGUAUUGCAGGAAUACAGCUCAUUCUUUAAUGUUCAUGUAGAUUCUUCUAGUUCUGUCAAAUUGACCCACAGCUCCUCUAUCAGCAAUCCUCAUCAUAUCUUUAAAUAUACUUUUUCGCUCUUUCAGGUUAAAGAAUGAUCACGGUUAGAUUAUCCAGGAGGUCUUUGUAAAUGUAUGCUCACUGUCACAGCAAUGUUUACAGUUAUAGUAUCCUGUUCGCUCAGACAUUAGAAGUUAUAGUUUUUGUUUUUUAACUGUUCCAGUUUUGUAAAAUAAAUCUACAUAAAAAUGUUGAAUUUCAUUGUACAGGACCCAGCUACAGUAGCAGGUUGUGGUUAAGAAAGCCGAGGUGUCUAAGAUAUAGCGGGUUAAAAGCAUAGCCAUACUUGAAGAUGCUUCAGAGUGUUUCUGAGUGAGUCAACAUUACUUGAAUGACUUUCUGGGCUUAGCUAGCACACUAUAUGUGCUCAGCUCAAGGGUUAAGCUAGCAGUUGAUACACACUUGGUCUUUUUGCAGUUAGACACUAAAGGUAUAGGGAAAAAAAUGUGCAACUCCUAGCCUGUCAUUUUAUUUUUUAAGGCUUCCCUUGUUCUCCUGAAGUUUGGUAUGCUACAAAAAAAUUGAAUUGAGGAUGGGUAUUAAUACUGUAAGUAUUGUAAUGUACUGAAUGCAGUUUAUUUGAAAGCUGUUUAUUAUAUCAUUCCUGAUAUUGCUGA